CUGCAACAACACUUCCGGGGAUUGCUUCUCUGCAGCCAUGCCGCUCUUGAACAGAGACUCCUGAUUUUUUUCUGUCGCGGGUAAAUUUCUAAUCGGGAGUUCCUUACUUCCUUAACCUUUGCUGUAUUUCAGUAAAGUGCACACAUUUAACUCACCCCCUGCUACCGUGGUACUCAUUUACUCCUGAAAAGAAGACUUGUUUUAGCCACAGUUAAACUACUUUAGCUUCUCCUCAGUGUCUGCACCUCGAGCUGUGAGGAAGAGAGCAAGGAUGUCGCGCGGCAUGGAGGGAGAGACUGAUGGUAAUCUCUGCAUUGAUACUGAUUCAGACGCAACAGAAAAGAAGGAUGGAACUAGGGGUAAAGUCAAAUGGACACAAGAAGAGGAAGAAAAUCUCAAAAUCCUGGUCAGCAACUUUGGAAAAAAAGAUUGGAAAACCAUUGCCAGUUUUUUACCAGGACGGACAGAAAUACAGUGCAUGCAGCACUGGAAAAAUGAUCUGGAUCCUGAUGUAGUCAAGGGCUGCUGGUCCAAAGAGGAAGAUGAAAAGAUAGUAGAGAUGGUGGGCAAAUACGGCACCAAACACUGGACUUUGAUUGCCAAGCACCUGAAGGGGCGGGUGGGGAAACAGUGUCGUGAGCGCUGGCACAACCACCUCGACCCAAUGAUCAAGAAGAGCAUCUGGACUGACGAAGAAGACCUCAUCAUCUACAAAGCCCACUCCAUUCUGGGAAACCGGUGGGCUGAGAUUUCCAGACUACUCCCUGGAAGAACAGACAAUUCUGUGAAGAAUCACUGGAACUCCACCAUCAAACGUAAAGUGGAGUUGGGCUUGUACAAAAACGGGGCUGACAGCAUUUCUCUUGAUAUUCAGCAGUUUGUGGAAGGAGAGGUGGACUUCAGAUGUGACGUUGUGUUAGAUGCUGAACCAGUAACUCCUUAUGUGGCCAAGCCAGAGAAGACAACGGAGCAGCAGAAGGAGCAGCAGCAGCAGAAGGAGCAGCAGCAGAAGGAGCAGCAGAAAACCAAGCAGAGGUUCUCCUCUCCGAGUCCCUCUUUGCCUGCAAGUUCAAAUUCGAGUCCCAGUUCCAGCUCUGGUGUUGCAUCAUCAUCCACGCAGGUGGACCAGAAAAAGUUUACUGAUGCAGCACUGAGGAUGAUUGCUGAGGACAUGUUGCCACUCAGUUUGGUUGAGGGUUCAGGCUUCCGGUCAUUCAUGAGUACCAUAUGCCCUGAGUACAGUAAGCUGUCCCAGCGUACCGUAGGCCUGCAGCUUUAUGACCAUGUGGAAAGAACCAUCAAGCCUCAGCUCAUCCGUGAUCUGAAGGCCUGCCUCGCCAAAUCCAAAGAUGGUGAACAUCCCAUUCAUGUCACCAUCGACCUCUGGACUGGGAAUCCGUCCCAACCGGUGGAAGAUCCCAUCCUGGUCGUGCAGCUCCACUUUGUCAGUGAUUCCUGGCAAAUCCGCCAUCCUAUCGUGGCCUUUCGUCACCUGAGCCACAAAAACCUCAGCACUGUCGUGGCCAGUGAGCUCGAAGGUGUGCUCCUGAGCUACGGCAUCUUUCCCCAAAGCAUCGGCUAUGUCCUCGCCAACCAGGCCAAGGAAGUGUUGACCGGGAACAACUUGUUCUGCGACUACAAGAUCAUGUGCUCAUCCAACAGGGGAGAACCAGAUGCAGACGAAAUGGUGUCUUUUCUGUCGGACCAGAUGUCUGAAACGGAGUCGCCCUUUUCAGAGCUGCAGAUCGGAACCAGGAACACGUGUGUCGCCAAAACGCUGCAGAUGGUGAUCAAGGAUGCUCUGAAGAAUUCAAGAGUAGUGGAGAACCUGCUGUCACAGGUGCACAACGUCUUGGCUUUCUUCAAGAGCAGCGCCUACUGGAGCGAGGUUUUACUGAAGGAGUGCAACGUGUCCCUGUGGCCUUCCUCCAGCAACUGUCGGUGGAACUCCAUGAUGCAGUCGUUACGGCGUAUGGUGCAGGAGUCGGCCUGGAACGCCAUCAUUGCGCUCCUGACCCAGGCUCGCAUGGAGGCUAGCGACACAGCCAGCGCGCCGCCGCUGGUCAGGGCCAAAAGGGAGCAGGUGAUUGACAUCCUGGGUCUGCUUGAGCCCUUUGAGGAAGCUUUGCAGGUCCUGCAAGGAAAUGGUGUGAACAUCUCCUUCGUCAUACCUUCCCUCAUUGGCCUCGAUAAGACCUUAGAGAAAUGUGUCACCAACUACACCCACUUUUCUAAAGCCCUGCGCACCGGCCUCCACACUCACUUCCAGUCCCUGAUCCACCAGGACGACAUGGUACUGGCUGCGGUGCUUGACCCCAGGAUCAAACUGCAGCUGUUUUCUGAUGCCAAACUGGAGGAACAGACAGGUUUCCUAACAGCUCUGUCAAAGUCUCAGGCUCGCAGCAUCGUGGAGUCUGCAUUAGAAAACCAAGAGGCCUCAGCUGUUCCUGCAGUGGAGGCGGAUAAAGACCAGGUACACAGUGAGCUGAAAACAGAGCAGGAUGUGGAAGAAGAGAGCGAAGCCACGCCUGCAGUGGAAGCAUCGGACGCCAUCGCAGACGACAACAACUGCAAUGGUGGAAACGGUGGAAAUGAACUCAAGCGUAAAUCCAUCUUCCAGUUCCUUCAGCCACCUGCAAAGACAAUGAAGACAUCGGAGCUCGAUGCCUACCUCGCUGAACCGCUGUGGGAAAGCAACUCCAUUAUUCUCUUCUGGAAGUCGGCCUCCCGAUACCCCAGGCUCCAAGGCAUCGCCAAGAAGCUGCUGGCGAUACCGUCCACUUCUGGGGGGUUCGACCGGCUCUGUCCGAUGGCAAUGUGUAUCGUAAGAGCCAAGAGGAACCGCCUGCAACCACACACCACAGAGAGACUGCUUCUAUACAAAGACUCUCUAAAGACGAAGACUGUUAAAAAGGCCAACGGGGUUUCUAAACACUAAUAAAGUGACAGCUGGGUGUGUAUAUUCUGUCCUCUCUCAAAAAAAACACCCAAACUUCCCCAGACUGAGGACAAUCAAAAUACCUCUUACAUUAAGAUCAAUUCAGAUGACUGCGCUCAUUGUGCCUGACUUUACUUUAUUCCACUGACAAAACAGCUGGACUACGAAUUGAAAUGCAUUCCUUUAAAAGCCAUUGAAACAAAAGGAAAGUUGAUAACAAUAAUAUUUCCUUUGAUAUCAAAAGCAAAAAGUUUUGGUUAAUUCAGGCAUUCACUGUAUCGAAGCAUUUUAUUUUUUGCUGUAGGUUAACUGUAAAUUAUUAUGUUUGUAAAUUGAAUGAGUGUCAUUUCAUCACGUUUUUCACGUUUUUUUUUGUCUUUUAAAAUAUGUUUAUAUUCAUAUCUUUUUGUCAGUGACACUUUAAAUUUGCUGCAAUUGUGGAUUUUGUCAAAGGAAUUGAUCAGAACAUCUGUCUGCAUUUUAGGUUGACAUUGUUAGUCUGUUACUGUUGCUUUUCAAACAGGCUGAAAUUCACAUUGAAUGACGGGUAACUUUUUUUUUUUAAUCUUUAUUAUUAUUGCAGUGUUGACUGUUCAUGUUGUGCAAAUAAACACCAGUGUGUCCUCUUGUAAAUACCCAGAGAAUGUACUGACAUUAAGUCUGUAAAGGUUCUCACUCAUCCAGGUCAUGAUAAAUAAAUAAAAAAAUAUAUAACGAAGA